AUGGACCUGUACUCAUUAGACGGGGUAGGUCCUCCAGAACAGCUCACGGACUGUCUUCCAAAAAUACUGCCUUGUAUGCCAUUCCUACACACAUUCAAGUUGACCAACGCCUUAUUUUUUGGUGCCUGGUCGUCACUCUUGUCUGUGAUUCUUGCCCUUCCCGAAAUUCACACCCUCGAGAUUUGCGACUCGACCUGGCGGGUUCCCACGGAGGUAUUUACAAAAGCCGACUUAAAGACUAGUUCGCCCAAGAUACGCACAUUCAUCUAUCGUGCCCCUUUCACGGACUGUUUUCCUCUUGGUUCCAGAUCCUAUGGAAGGCGGGAUACCGUUCAAGGAGCGGUGGAAGUGUCAAACCUUGUCGUGCUCGUUGAAUUAUUCAGACCCGCAUUGGAGGUACUUGAACUCCCUGCGGAACUCGCCUCACGAGUGAUAUACGAUGUAGCUAACAACUCGGGUUCAUCUACAAUGUUUCCGAAACUGCGGGAAUUCUGUGUUCAGGGGCAUCUGUCACCUAUGGCACAAUGUUGGCAGGGAUUUUUCGAAGGAUGGGCACCUCGCCUUCAGGAGUUGAGGCUUUAUCUGGCAGCAGCACCGUCAGACGUAUCAACUCGUUCCAUCUUCGCUUCGGGAGUACACCCCUGCCUUGGGAGAUCGGCUGUUCACGAGCUACACACACUCUCAAUGUCUACCCCAGUCGCGAAUGACUUGGUUUACCAGCUCUUGCCCGAAAGCCUGGCUGAAUUAGAUCUCCGAGCGUACCCAAUUCCAGGGAUGUAUGGAGCCUCCGACAAGUGCGUGCGCACGACUAUCCCCAGUGCGUCAGAGUUAUCUGCCGUCUUCCAACACUUGAAUCUGCCUCGGCUAGAAAUACUCAAGAUAUCGUACACGGUUGGUGACACUUUGGAUCGAGUGGGCGAAGAGACGUUAAUGGCUCGUCUUAUGAGGGCUCUCCCGACAGUGUCCCUCUUGGAAAUUCAUCGAUAUAGGCCGCUCGCGAGGACUAACGAUGAUGAGGAUCCGGUGCCUCCUUUGACGCAUCAUCUUGCAUCGUCAACGCGUCUGAAAGACCUUUUUUUGAAUCUGGAUUUCCCUGAACACCCCACAUUCAAUCGUACCUUCGCUGAACGACCCCGUACAGACCGUAGAGCCCUUCAGAUAGGAACAGCUAAAACAUUCGCAGAGAGCAUCAAAUUUUUGUCUACCAUUAGCAUACUGUCUCACGAAGGGUUUUCCAGUCACUGGAAUACAUGGGAAGUCACUCGCAGACAAAGUUCGGAUUCUGAACCGAUUGUGGAAUUGUUGAACAGGGGAGAGACUAAAGUGUAG